AUGAAGUACUCAGCUCUUACCACUCUGGUAUCUACCGCUUCGGCGACGAUUUAUUAUGCAGGCGUGGCCGAAUCAGGUGGUGAAUUUGGUGUAUGGAGCGCCGACGCUACAAAAGGCACCGGUUUGCCUGGAAGAUUUGGCGUCGACUACCAGUUCAUCGACAAAGCUGGCGUUGAUGUUCAUGUCGACCAAAACCACCUAAACCUUUUUCGCAUCGCGUUCCUACUGGAGCGAAUGGCCCCCGUCGCCACCGGCCUCGGAAAGACAUUUAACGAAACCCACUUCGACUUCUUCAAGGAGGCGGUUGACUAUGUGACGGUCACCAAGGGCGCGUACGCCAUCCUAGACCCACAUAAUUACAUGCGCUACAACGACCCAAGUUCCCAGCCGUACUCCGGCAGCGUGAUUGGCAACACCACAGACCCGACAGCCGCCACAACUGCGCAAUUUGGUGAGUUCUGGGGCGAGCUAGCGCGGCGGUUCGCGGACAACGAGAGGGUGAUCUUCGGCCUGAUGAAUGAGCCGCACGACAUGCCGACCAGCCUCGUGGUCGAAAACAACCAGGCCGCCAUCGACGCCAUCCGCGCCGCGAACGCGAGCAACCUGAUCAUUCUGCCGGGCAACAGCUGGACGGGCGGACACGCGUGGACGCAGGGCCCCGAUCCGAAUAGUGCGCGCAUACAUAAGUUUACGGACCCGCUAAAUAAUACGGCUAUUGAUAUACAUGAGUAUCUGGAUAUGGAUUAUAGUGGUAGUCAUAGCGAGUGUGUGAGCGAUCCGGCUACGAACUUGGCGGAGGUGACGAAGUGGUUGAAUGACAACAACCUCAAAGCCUUCAUCACCGAGUUCGGCGGCCACAACAACACCGGCUGCGCCACCAUGCUCACGGAAUUUAUCGACUAUCUCGACGCCAACGACGCCUACAUCGGCUGGACCGCCUGGGCCGCCGGCCCCUUCUGGGGCUCCGCCAGUCCGUGUUGCACGGACUCGAAUAAUUACGGCAGCUUGGAGCCCGGCAGCAAGGCCGCGGAUGGGAGUGAGGGUCUGUAUGAGAGUGUUUGGUUGAAGGUGCUGCAGCCGAAGGUGCCGGAGAAGCUGCAGUGGGAGGGCGCGGCGGGGGUUGGGGGAGGGGAGGUGGUGGGGUUUCCUGCUGGGAGGGUUUGA